AUGCAUUUCACGCCCAAUGAUGAGAGCCACGUAGCCGCCCUCAGUCUCGAGGAGCUGCAGGAUUGCCAGCACGAUUGGACAGGUUUUCGUCUCAACCCGUCAUCGGACAAUAAACCAUGGACGUCAAAGACCUCAUUGCUCUCCCUAUCUGAUGAACCGCCAAAAAAAUUCCAGUAUGGGCGUGAUGACAGGGAGACAACUGAACCCACGCAGGAAGAGGACGCAAAAGUGUCUGCAUAUGAUGGCAGGCCCUUCAUCGAGAUUAGAUUCAGCAAGAUCCCACGAUCGUCUCAUGGGGUCAUAUUCGGAUGCAAUAGGAAGAGUGAUGUUGUUCUGCCUAAUCUACGGGGUCUGAGCCACUUUCACUUUAGCUUAACUUUUGAUGAGCGAAGACGAUUUAUCGUGAAGGACUUGGGUUCCCUUAUGGGAACUGAGGUAACUUACGACAAUAAAGGGAAAGGUAAGCGACGCAAUUUUAACUGGAUUAUUAGCGGGGACAGAAAGGCUUUACAGGAGCAAAAUAUCAUUAUCAACAUACACGAAAACGUUAAGUUCGAGAUCGUGGCUAUCAACCAUAAUAUCACAUCCCCAUCAUAUAUCGAUAAUGUUGAAAAGUUUUGCCAAGGGAGUGUGACCGCGGAAGGCCUCUUGGACGAUCUAAAUAUCCCUCUUCGGCCAGACACGGAGUUUGCAACAGAAGCGCAUACACCAGGAGAAGGCCCCAUCUGUUUAAAAAAAAAGAUUGGAGAAGGGGCAUUUGGUGUUGUCAUUCAUUGCUGGGAUGUGAGCACCGGCGACGAGAAUGUUAUAAAGAGGCCAACCGACGCUACCAUUAGGAAGUUCCUCAGAACGGGCGCCAACAAAGAGGCUAAACUUGACAAAGACCGGAAAAAAUGGAAAGCAGAAGCAGAAAACAUGAAAAACCUGAUACAUCUGUUCGAUGUUAUCGACGAUCCAUACCCCCAAUUGGUCUUGGAGUAUAUCCCGGGAGGGCCUUUGUCCCAACUAGAGAAUAUAACGAUUUCCGAAAGUAUGCUGGUUCUUACACAGUGUCUCUCGGCUUUAACGCUUAUACAUGAGAACGGGUUGGCGCAUCGCGACAUAUCACCGAACAAUAUUCUUGUUAAAUCGCGGGAACCCUUGGUCGUUGUUCUCGCUGACUUUGGACUAUCCAAAGAUGCGGAGCAAUUGCUCUCUAAAUGCGGCACUGCUCCGUUUGCCGCACCGGACAUAUUCGAAGAUAGAAGUUUUGCGCGCUACUCGGCGGUGGUGGACAUCUGGUCCCUUGGUGUGGUGAUGUGUAGGAUCCUGGGAAUUCUCCCAAGUUACUCUAUGCACAUGAUCUCGGACGUUCUGUGGCGCGAGGCUACAGUUGUCUAUGCUAGCGACACCGACACAGACGAGCAGACCACUGUGCGGCCCAGGGAUGCAGCACCGGCAAUUACUGCCGGCGAGGCGAACGAUGAUGAAAGGUCAACCGAUGGGAUGAGUUCCAGAAAUUCAAGCUCCGGGGGUGGCAGCACAAGGCAGAGAAUUGCCGCAGCGCCACCUCCAUCACGUCAGUCAGAAGCUAGGUCAAGCUUGAAGCGGCCAACAGCAGAAAUGGCGUCCCAGAACCCCAAAUUGAAGCGCCGAGGGCGGGCGUCCAUCUCGCAAUCAGACAGCUUUCUUGAUACUGAAGUCGGUCCGGAGGCUGUCGAGGCGGCGGCGGUGUUACAAAUGUUGGAAGACGCUCGCGCACAGAGCGCGGUAGCCAGGUACUGUCUAGUCAAGUACUCUUCGUCUCCCACUGUAAUUCCAGGCCAGGCCAUCUAG